UGAACAGGAGUGAACAUUUCUGUCUUGGUGAACACUGAUAAUCAUUAGAAUGUUUUGGAUUUUCAAUUAAAUACAUAGAACAAUACAUAUACAGCGUUUUUGGACUGUAAUGUCUGGUUUGAAAGAUUACAGAACAAACCAAACCAAAACUAAUCGUCCUUGGCAACAAGAACGUUCUGCAAAAAAUCCAGGCUUCUACAUUGUACGCGUUUCCGGCUGCCGUAAAAUCUGAUUUAAAUUCCUCAGACAAAAAAAAUAAUAAUAAAAGAAAAAAAAAGGUUUAGGGAAACGAGGAGCGCCUCGGCCUCCUCCCCCAGCAGAGAACACUAACAGCCGUCAGCCUGAGGGCGGCGGUAGGCUCACCGGGACGUUGAUCCAGAGACUUCCAGCCGCCGUCGCCAAACGAACGUCUGUCAGGCCCUGCUGUUGACUACAGAGGAAAUUUACCUCUGGACCUGCGUUGAAACUAUUUACGAUAAUGCCCACGAUAAAACUACAGAGCUCCGAUGGGGAAAUCUUCGAGGUAGACGUUGAAAUAGCCAAACAGUCCGUCACCAUCAAAACCAUGUUAGAAGAUUUGGGCAUGGAUGAUGAAGGAGACGAUGAUCCGGUUCCCCUGCCGAAUGUGAACGCUGCGAUCCUGAAGAAGGUGAUUCAGUGGUGCACUCACCAUAAAGAUGACCCUCCUCCUCCCGAGGACGAUGAGAACAAGGAGAAGAGGACGGACGACAUUCCUGUAUGGGACCAGGAGUUCCUCAAAGUGGACCAAGGCACCUUGUUCGAACUUAUUCUGGCCGCCAACUAUUUGGACAUCAAAGGCCUCUUAGAUGUCACCUGCAAGACGGUGGCCAACAUGAUCAAAGGCAAAACCCCAGAGGAGAUCAGGAAGACGUUCAACAUCAAAAAUGAUUUUACAGAGGAAGAGGAAGCCCAGGUACGCAAAGAGAACCAGUGGUGUGAAGAGAAGUAAAGGGGGGAGAUCCUGCCAACACUACCACACUGAAAAGGAUUGUCCCUUCUAACUGGUUGCACUGGCAUUGUUCAUACUUGUUUAUAUUGACAUUUAGUAUAUUUAGGAUCCUCCCCUCCCCCCAUUACCCUCCUGCUUCCCUUUAUUUCUGUAAACCAAUAAUAGCAUGAACAUUUAACUUACAUGUGUGGUGUCAUUAAUUCAAAGCUCAGACGCUUGCUACUGUUCUCACUCCCCGAUUGUGCAUCCACAUGAAAUGCUUCUGGUUUCUCGGCUUUGGGAUUUGUAAAGAAAAAUGAAAGACGGUCCCUUCAGGUGUCAAGUCAUUAAUCGCUCUGGUCGUCUUUUUUUUUUUUUUUACUGGACGUUUUUGUUUUCUUUCCGAUUAAAUGAAUGAAAUAAAAUAGCUUUUUUUGACUAUAGAACAGCAAGGCUGAAUGUUAUUUUUGACCUGUAAAAGCAUCAGUUUCGUGAAGCCGCCUCAGGAGCAGCUGUUGGUCGGGGGUGGGGGAAUAGGGAAGUUUGAGGUAGCAGUGUGUUUCAGAUUAGUGUCCCGCCACACGGCUUUGGGUAGCUCGUUCCUAAUUCUUUUGAGUUCGAAACUUCUCUCAGCCAAGCUCCGAUGCUGGUUUUUUGGAAUGAUCAAACCCGCUGAAGGAAUAAAUAAAACCCAGUGAACGGACA